AGCUGAAUAAUUUCCUGAGAAUUGUAUUGCUGGAGCUAGGAAGAAAAGUUUACUAAACAUACACGCAACUUGCAAAUCUCCAGUUUCUAUUCGUCCUUCCUCUCUGUCCCUUCCCCUCCCCCACUUUCACCAGAGAAGUCAGACUCCGGGAGUGCUUUAACAGUUUGAAGCCUAAUCUGAAAGAGGAAGAAGAAUCUCUAUAUAUUGGCUAGCAAAUGUGCCCUGCCCUUCCCCUCUUAAAAAUAGCAGCACCUCAUCUUUGAAAAGAAGUUUGCUUAAAGAGCAGGCACUCUGUGAAUGGACUGUGCUUUUAUGACCUUACAAAGUAUCCAGAUUCUAUGCAGCUCACCAACGAGGAUUAGCUCUGCAAGGACUUCUAGACUGAAUUUACUGAAGACUUGGAGCAGGCUUCUGAGAGCAAACGCAAAAGGACAGUAAACUGUGGACCCUGAAGUUAGCAGCUUGGGCUUCCUCUGAUAUUACACCAUAAAAAGCGCUGAACACUGUAAGAAGGAACAUUUGUGAAGGUACUACAGUGCCAGAAAGAGGCAAAAACCAGACAUUCCUAGAGAAACAUGGAUGAAACCGGAAACCUGACAGCAUCUUCUGCCACAUGCCAUGACACUAUUGAUGAAUUCCGCAAUCAAGUGUAUUCCACCUUGUACUCUAUGAUCUCUGUUGUAGGCUUCUUUGGCAAUGGCUUUGUGCUCUAUGUCCUCAUAAAAACCUAUCAUGAGAAGUCAGCCUUCCAAGUAUACAUGAUUAAUUUAGCAAUAGCAGAUCUACUCUGUGUGUGCACACUGCCUCUCCGUGUGGUCUAUUAUGUUCACAAAGGAAUUUGGUUCUUCGGUGACUUUUUGUGCCGCUUCAGCACCUAUGCUUUGUAUGUCAACCUCUAUUGUAGCAUCUUCUUUAUGACAGCCAUGAGCUUUUUCCGGUGCAUUGCAAUUGUUUUCCCAGUCCGGAACAUUCAUUUGGUUACACAGAAAAAAGCCAGGUUUGUGUGUGUUGGUAUUUGGAUUUUUGUGAUUUUGGCCAGUUCUCCAUUUUUAAUAACCAAGUCACACAAAGAUGAGAAAAAUAAUACCAAGUGCUUUGAGCCCCCACAAGACAAUCAAACUAAAAAUCAUGUUUUGAUCUUGCAUUAUGUGUCAUUGUUUCUUGGCUUUAUCAUCCCUUUUGUUAUUAUAAUUGUCUGUUACACAAUGAUCAUUUUGACCUUACUAAAAAAAUCAAUGAAGAAAAAUCUGUCAAGUCAUAAAAAGGCUAUAGGAAUGAUCAUGGUCGUGACAGCUGCCUUUUUAGUCAGUUUCAUGCCAUAUCAUAUUCAGCGUACCAUUCACCUUCAUUUUUUACACAAUGAAACUAAACCCUGUGAUUCUGUCCUUAGAAUGCAGAAGUCAGUUGUCAUAACCUUGUCUCUGGCUGCAUCAAAUUGUUGCUUUGAUCCGCUCCUAUAUUUCUUUUCUGGGGGUAACUUUAGGAGAAGACUGUCUACAUUUAGAAAGCAUUCCUUGUCCAGCAUGACUUUGCCCAGGAAGAAAGCCUCUUUGCCAGAAAAAGGAGAAGAAAUAUGUAAAGUAUAGUUUAAACCUAUUUCCAGUCCAAACCAAUGAGAACAGUUUCCCAAAUGAGUACUUUCUCAAAUCAUUUAAAUAAAAUACAAUUUUGUAUUAAUAUUU